CAGCUGUCGAACGAACCGCCUGACGAUUUCUGACAACUACUGGCUUGACUCACCUGCCGAGUCUUGUCGUGUUUUCUCCCAUUUUUUCUGGUCAUAUUUAUUCCUGCAAGCCUGCUCAGUUCUAGUGGCUACUCGCACCAGCACAGCCUUUCCUGAACCCUCAGUGCACUCACGAUGCAGUCUAAACGCCCGCCAAACCUUUCGCUCCAGAUUGGACAGCGACCUCCUGCGCGAACUGUAAUAGAGCUGCCCACUCCCGUAGAAGAACCGGUCGAUAACACCCAGGCUCAUGAGGAGGAAUAUAGGUCUUCGUCUCCUUCAUCAAGUUCGUCAGGAUCCCAGGAUGCGUUCCUCUUGAAUACAGGAGAGGAGAACGACUUUGAUUCGGACGACCUGUCAAAGGAUCUCGCUGUACUGGAGCAGCUGCGACGAAGCGUGCACAAGAACCUUCGUCUGCGUCCCAUUCGCUCAGCCUCUGGAUCCAUGCGCAGUCAACACACACCUGAGCUGGGUGCACCCUCUUCGCAGUCUUCAGACUCUCCUCUCGAGUCCAUCACCGACGUCGUCCGCCAACGAACACCGAGUCCUGAUUCUGCUUUCAGCCCCGCGAGUGCGUACUUCACCCCGCUUACAGAGUUCGGAGCGACACCCAUCAGUGCCCUGUACCAUUCCCGCCAUACUUCGCUCGAUUUCCAAGUCCUCCAAGCGCAGAUGCAGCAGCCAGCGAAGCCUACCUCGUCUGGUCAGGGCGUUAGUCCUGCGCUUCUCCUUGCUAGGCUUUCCACGCCUACCCGUCCAUUACUCAUCGAUACCCGGCCAGUGGCGGCUUUCAUGCGGCUGCACAUACCACAAAGCGUGAACCUCGCUAUUCCAUCCCUUAUCCUCCGCCGCUCACGAAAACCGGCUAAUGCCUUCCAUACCCUCGAGGCGCUGCGCCAGUAUAUCACCACGGAGGAUGGCAAGCAUGUCUGGGAUGAUCUGAUGGCUGGGCACGACUGGGACGGAGAUGUGAUUGUGUAUGACGAGAUCAUGCUGCAGAAGGAUCGGAGUAACCACCAGGCCACCGCUUGGGCAAUCAUGGAACUCGUCACACCGCUCUUAGUCCAUGGUAGCGUGGACUUUCUUGAGGGUGGCUUUGCUGCAGCGCGCACCCACCUGUACCUGUCUGAACGCAUGGUGUCGAGCCCAGAGACACCUGAUCCCCCGGAUACCGCACCGGAGCUGAGUUCUGCCCCAGUCCUAUCCUCGAGUAUCGCCACUAGCUCUAAAAAGCCUACACUUGCCAUAGGGCUGGCGCAACUGGACACAAUCGUCGCCUCGCGCUGCACGAAGUUACCAGAGAUCGAGCAGCCCACUCCGUCACCUCAACCUCUCAUGCCCGCCGCCAUCAACUCAUGGAACGUGCUCGACGACUACGCUAGUCCUUCUCCCGCACCCUCUGCCACCGUUUUCUCUCGCCCACAGCCCCCUCGCAGGCCGAGCAUACCAACUCUCCGUCGGAUCGAUACCGAACGAACAACGCCGCUGCCAAAGUUGCAGGUUCCAAUAGGGCAGUUGAGGUCGAAUACCCUUCCUGCUCCCAGUAGCGCCAGAUCCCGCUCCCGUUCGCCUUCACAUCUCACUCUUGUAUACUCCAAUCUCUCCCCGCCGCCACUUUCGGCGCUCCUAUCUCCUCCAAACCCUUCAUAUGGCCAUCUCCCGCCACCCUCGCCGUCAUAUGCACAGCCUAUGACACCGCACUCGCCACGCACGCCAAUGCCGCGUUCACCUGCGACUGCGCGCGCAGAGCUAGAUCAGCCGCCGACGACGGAAGAGCCGUUCCCGGAGUUCAGUGUGUCCACAAUCCUUCCCAAUUUCCUUUUCCUCGGUCCAGAGCCCGCAUUGGAAGAGCAUGUCGAGAUGCUACUCGCGAACGGGGUGAAACGCAUCAUCAACAUCGCAGCCGAGUGCGAUGACGACCAUGGUCUGCGGCUCAGAGAGCGCUUCGAGCGCUAUGCGCACAUACCAAUGCGCGAUACGGUCGAGGAAGAUAACAUCACUCGGGGUGUGCGAGAAGCGUGCACGUUCCUCGACGACGCACGCCUCCACUCUGCACCGACUUACGUCCACUGCAAGGCUGGCAAAUCACGAUCGGUCACGGCAGUAAUGGCUUACCUCAUACAUGCAAACCACUGGACGUUAUCGCGCGCAUACACCUUUGUCCUCGAGCGGCGCAAGGGCAUCUCGCCUAAUAUUGGCUUCGUUUCCGAGCUAAUGACGUUUGAGGAGCAGGAGCUCGGCAGCAAGUCCGUCGGAGUCGUCAAGAUGACGCCCUCGGAGACCGACAGCGACUCGGCGCAGGCGGGUGGUGGCCCAACGAUGGCGGGCAACUAUUCCGUCGCACUCGGUGGCCGACGGCCGCAACACUUGCGCGAGAGCCUGCCGCCGGCGUUCUCUGCGCAACACUCGCUGAACCUGGUGCCGAUGUUUCAGGACGCACAGCUGGGUGACUCGCAGCAGGAGCUUGAGAUCAAGGACGCGGAUGGGCGCUACCGCCACGCGCGGCGCGCGCCCGUAAACGAGACGACGCUGCAGCCGAUGCGACGCGUGAGUAAGGCUGGGCUGGAGAGUGCUGUCUAUUUAUGAGUCGGCGCACGUCGACAUUUCUUCCAUUCGUUUGUGUGUCUGCUUUGCACUAUCACAUAUACCCUCGCACGUCGCUGUUGUCUUUUUGCUGCAUAAGGUCACUACUAUUCUUCUUCUCAUGUAUGUGUCCUAUUAAUAUCGCAAUUCGAGGAGUAUUGGAG